AGAGUGACCUGUUGCUUGGAGAAGCGCUCCCGGGUGGAAUGUCUCUCUGCUUUCUGGUAAGCUUGCUCUGGUGUCACGACAUUCUAGCAGUAACAAUGGACGAAGGCAGGGUAUUUUCCAGAAAUGACACCUAUGUCUGGAAUGACAGUACAGAGGUGGACCUGUCGAACGGAAAGGAAGGGGGUCCGGAGGUGAUCAUUGUACCUGUGAUUUUUGGAUUCAUAUUUCUGCUGGGCAUCAUUGGGAACACUUUGGUCAUGAUAGUCAUUGGAAGAAUCAAGUCCAGGAGGUCGAGGAGCAUAACUAACAUUUUUAUCGUCAAUCUGAGCAUAGCGGACUUGUCCUUUCUGCUCGUCUGCGUCCCCUUCCAAGCCACGAUAUAUUCCUUGCCGGAGUGGGUAUUCGGGGCUUUCUUGUGCAAGUUCGUGCAUUACUUUGUGAUGGUGAGCAUGAUGGUGAGCAUCUUCACCCUGGUCGCUAUGUCCAUUGACAGGUAUAUCGCGGUGGUGCGUUCCAAGAGGUCCCCCUGCAUCCGCAACAAGAACAACGCCUUUAUCGGGGUCGGCACGAUCUGGGUGCUGUCGUUUGUAUUCGCCAUCCCAGUCGCCCAACACCAGACCCUCACUAGCCACCGGGAAGCCCCCAACAGCUCGUUCUGCUGGGAGGAAUGGGCUGACAGGACAACCAAACAAACCUACAAAGUGACCAUUUUGAUAAUUGGAUACCUGCUGCCCUUGGUUUUAAUAACGUGGUGCUAUGCCAAGGUUUUGUAUCAUCUUCAUAAAAAAGUGAAAAACAUGUCCCGAAAAUCAAAGAGAUCUAAGAGAAAGACCGCACAGACAGUGCUGCUGGUGGUGGCCGUGUUCCUGAUCUGCUGGAUGCCACACCACAUCAUCGUCAUGUGGGCCGAGUUCGGGGCGUUCCCUCUCAACGACGCCUCCUUCGCUUUUCGCAUCAUCUCCCACUGCCUGGCCUACGGUAACUCCUGCAUCAACCCUAUCCUCUACGCCUUCCUCUCGGAGAACUUCCGCAAGGCCUGUCAGCAGGUCUUCACCUGCAAAUUCCUCUUUGCCCCACCGCCCGAGGAGAAAGUGGUGAGGAUCCGAAUGGAGAACUUCUCCACCACGCACUCCACAACCAACGUUUAAACCAAAUUACAAAACAAAACCAGCAAACUCUGUAAAUAGACUCAAUGAAAGUGUGCUUUUCUUACAAAUGUAUUUAUUAAGGAGAGCACAGAUAGCACUACUCUCUUUUUACACUUUGAGGGCCUGCGUGCGAGCACGUUGGACGAGACUGCAGUCAGGCAACGUGUUGUGUCAGCUCCAAGCGUUCCUCCAGAGGAUGUGGAGGAACAAGAUGCCUUGCCUUGUUGUUUUGAUUUUUGAACGCAACCCGCUAGAUCAGGGCUUCUCAAACUCAGUUCUGAAGGGACCCCCUGUGGCUGCUGGUUUUCAUUCCAUCAGAGCCCUCAAUUAU